CGCGUAUUUCUAUUGUGUGACGACCAUGUAUAUUAUGUACCUACAUAUACGCGCGUUAUACACGCGUUCGGUGAAUUUUAUAUACAUUUUUUUUUUCUACCUACUUGUGACGAAUCGCCGACGACGGUGCGGGCGUACGGUAUACGUACGUACGUACGUACGUACGUACGGUGCGUACUCGGAGGUCGACCAUUAUUAUCGUAACCUUACGCCGAUGGAGAGAAAAAAAAAAAGGAAAAUGUAUGUAUGUAUAUAAUAUGUGAAAAAUGAUUUUCCGCCCGCGCGAGGCCGUUCGAGGCCGCGGCUCCAUUGCCGCAGCAAGUGAGUGCGUGUUUCGAAAUCACCGUCACUGUGAAAGGUGCAUACCGCCGCCCGUGUGCGACGGGUUAUUGUUACCGUGGUAUAGUGCCAUAGUGGUAGUGGUUGACGGCGACGACUACGGCGGUGGUGGUGUUGUGUUACCCGCUUUUCCGAGGCGAUUUUCCCACCACCGUGGGAUUUUGGUUUCAUAUAUAAACUCCAGACGACCACAGCAACAGUACCACAUUCAGUCUUUCCUUCGUUUGACUAACAAUAUAGUGACAAUACAGAAAUAUACAUUCAAGCAAACAUGGGUUCCAUAACUCCACUGGUAACUAUCGCGUGUUUGAUCGGCUUGACGUCUUUUGGUGCGGCCAAAUUGAGCGAUAACGAAGUAGCAGAAGGAGUCAUAAAGCACACGCAUUACCAUACCGGUGACGUGGAACAUGCGCACAAACAUGACGGCGAGGCACACCACGAGCACCACCACAAGGGAAGCGCCGAGCACGCCCAUCACCAUGGCGGAGAAUUCGGUCACGGACAUCACCACGGUGGCGAGUUCGGACACGGGCAUCAUCACCACGGUAGCGCAGACCACAAGCACCACCACGGCGGUGAGUUCGGUCACGGACACAAGCACCACGGAAGCGCGGAACAUAAACAUCACCACGGUGGUGAGUUCGGACACGGACACCACCACGGCGGCAAAUUCGGACACGGACACGAACACCAUGGAAGCGCUGCACACAAGCAUCAACAUCACGGUAGCGCCGCGCACAAGCAUCACCAUGGUGGAGAAUUCGGACAUGGACACGAACACCACGGAAGCGCCGAACACAAGCACCAUCAUGGCGGAGACUUCGGACACGGACACAAGCACGGUGGUGAAUUCGGACACGGGCAUCAACACCACGGUAGCGCAGAUCACAAACAUCACCACGGUGGAGAAUUCGGACACGGACACCACCACGGAGGUAAAUUCGGACAUGGACACGAGCACCACGGAAGCGCCGCACACAAACAUCACCACGGAGGAGAGUUCGGUCAUGGACACAAGCACCACGGAAGCGCGGAACAUAAACAUCACCACGGCGGUGAAUUCGGACACGGCCACCAUCACGGCGGCAAAUUCGGCCACGGACAUCAACACCACGGUAGCGCAGAUCACAAGCAUCAACACCACGGAAGCGCUGCACACAAGCAUCACCAUGGCGGAGAAUUCGGACACGGACACGAACACCACGGAAGCGCCGAGCAUGCGCAUCACCACGGAGGUGAAUUCGGACAUGGACACCACCACGGCGGCAAGUUCGGUCACGGACAUCAACACCACGGUAGCGCAGAUCACAAGCACCACCACGGCGGCAAGUUCGGGCACGGACACAAGCACGGCGGUAGUGCCGAACACGCUCACCAACACCACGGCAAGGCUGCUCACGGUCAUCACCACGCUGGUCACUCCAAACAUCAUCACAAGCACACCGUCUAAUAGCACGUCACUCACCCCCCGACGAAGACGGCCGCGAUCACUAGUCGCACCAUAUCGUCGUAUGAACGACUCCACAAGGACGAAAGUGACGAAGUCGGCACUCGUCUCCAACCCCUGCCCCCAUCAUCCAACCCGCUGC